UCUCCCAGUUCAAGCGGAGCGCGAGCUCGGUGCGAGCAGUCGCGUCGCGUUCCCCGUUACCUCGCGUAUCAGUCCGCGCGAGUUGCUCGGCGCGUGAAGGUUGACGAGACCAACCUGUCUGCCUGUCCGCCUGCCUCUGCCUGUGCCUCUGCCUACCUACCUACCUACCUACCUAUCUACCUAUCUACCUACCCGCCGAACGACCAAAGAGCUGCGAUAUAUCAGUCGCCGUGAUGAGUGUACGCGGCAAGCAAGUGCAAAACGGUACCUAUGAGUUCGAUUAUAUGCGAGUACCCGAUACCAGGACGCGCUGGGAGGUACUCCGCGAUGGUAUCUACAAUCCUCAGGAGGGAACGUACUGCGGUCAUCCGCCGAAAAAAUGGGGCUACACUCUGAUCUUCUAUACUUGUUUCUUCGCCGGACUGGCGGUACUCUUCAGUAUUUGCAUGAAAGGCAUGCUCGCUACGUUGAGCUACCAGAAACCCAAGUGGACCCUUAAGGAUAGCCUCAUCGGUACCAAUCCAGGUUUGGGAUUUCGACCAAUCUCAGACAACGCUGACGAGAGAUCACUCAUUUGGUACAGCGCAUCAAACGCUACCGAAGUGAAGAAAUGGACGCAACUGCUAGAUAUGUUUUUGGAAAAAUACAUCGACCCGUCGCAUUUACCGGACGGCGGCAGAAAUCAACAGAUCUGCAACUACACUAUGCCAGCGAAGAACGGUAACGUGUGCGCGGUCGACGUGAACAAUUGGGGCCCGUGUUCGCCGAGCCAACAAUACGGCUUCAACAAUUCGGCGCCUUGCAUCUUCAUCAAGCUCAACAGGAUAUAUGGAUGGAUUCCCGAGUACUACAACGACACCGAGACCUUACCGUCCGAAAUGCCGGGCAGUCUUGUCGAGUACAUAAAGUCAGUCAACACUUCAUGGCUAAACACCGUAUGGGUGUCCUGCAAGGGGGAAAGUCCUCACGACAAUGAGAACAUCGGCGAAUUGAACUAUUAUCCGAAGGGACAUGGUUUUCCGGGAUUUUAUUACCCGUACGAGAAUCUUCCUGGAUACUUGAGUCCGGUAGUCGCCGUUCAUUUCCUUCGGCCGACAAGAAACCAGAUCAUCAACGUAGAGUGCCGAGCAUGGGCGAAGAACAUCCAGUACAGCUCGUAUAGAUCCGAAAAGAAGGGUGCGGUGCACUUCGAGCUGAUGGUUGACGAGUGAUCACACAGUGACGAUCGUCGAGAUCGUCACCACCCUUGGCGCGCUGUCAUCUACGACUCUACAGUUCCAUCGAUGUAUAUCAAUUAGGAAGCCUUGAGACGUUUGAACGGAGGAUCCAAAGCGCUGUGUGACUGGAUCUUUACAUACACAUACACACGUACACACAUACACACAGUCACGAUGACGGACAAUUGCUCGCGCCUAGAAGAAAUUAGUAGGUUGAUAAAUUCGUUAAGUUUUAGGGAUACCGUACACGUAAUUAAUCGGUUAAUUAAUGAAUCGGAAUGAUUUCGAGCUCUUUCAGCCGCUAGAUCAAAUAUUAACGUCAUUCUGACAAAAUCGGAGAUUGUUUCGAUGAAGAGGUUGCCUCUUCAUCGACUUAUUCGAACAUACUGUAAAAAUUAAUUAAAUUAAAAUAAAAAUCAAGUUGAAGAACUCGAAAUGUUAUCGAUUCGGGUAGUUUAUUCGGUGAUUAAAUUUUGUAAAAGAAGUUACAGAUUGAAUCCUUUCUAAAAGUAUGAACGAACGAUUCUUAUGUUAAGAUUUUAUUUCGAUAAUAUGAGUUUAAAUCACUUCAAAUAGCAGUAAAUAAAAAAAUUUAUAUUUCUAAUAUUUAUAUUUUAAAUAUUAGCAAAUUAAAUUUGCGUUAAAUUUUUAAUAUUUCUGACGUAUUCUGUAUAUCUAUAUUAUCUCCUUGGAUCAUCUAUGCAUAUCCAAUUUGAUUCGACAAAAUAUACAUAUGCUCGAAUCGUCAAUAUGAAUCGUCUGCCUGUUGAAGUGUUUUGGUACUUAUUGUAACGUGUAGGUAAAAUAAUUGUAUAAAAUGAAGAACAUGUGUCGCGACCCGUAUAGUAAUUAUUACUUUUUAAAUAAAUGACGAUGAUGGAAAGCUAAUCCGACAGAUAAGUAUAAACCCUUUUUUCUUAGGCAAUGGUGAGCGCCUCGUGUGUAAUCCUUAAUUUAUUUAUUAUGGUUACGUGAUUGUGUUAAUUUAUUUUCUUGUCCCUCAACUCCUGAAUUAAUCUUAUCUCGUAUUAAUUGUCAUAUCUCUAAUUCCUUCUCCGUCUCCCAAUUUUGCGAGAUAGUCCACACGCUCUAAGAGAAAACUCUUCAUUUAACACGUAAAGAAUGUUACAUAGAGAAUUACGGGUGGUACACCAAUAAAACGUAUAAAAUUAUACUUUUUUAGUAUGAAGAACAUUCCUGACAUUCCUAAGUGUACGCUAUUGAGCAGCUAUGCAAAAAUUGAGAAUGUAAAAAGAAAAACUGCUUCUUAGUUUUGUUUUACGUGAAAACAACAUUUAUUUUAUAACACACACGACAUUUAUGGCUGAAAGAACGAAUAAAAACGGGGAGUAAAAUUGAAAAUAAAUAAAUUGUACCGUAAGAUAAAAGGUAUUUGUACCUACGAUGUCUCUUGAGGUAUAAUUUCAGUUACGAAAUCUGUCAUAUUGCAAAAAUUACUCUUGUAUAUGCUGCGGUGGUAAUAGCAGUCAAUAUUCUUCAAGAUUCUACAAUCUAUCUAUUAAAUUAUACGUAGAACUAUGAAAAAGAUCGUGUUUACGCCUAGUCGAUCAAAAAGAAGCACACAAUGAAUCAACUACUGCUACCGAUAUCUGAGGACUAAACUAUCGAUAACUAGAGACUAAAAACAUCUACAGAAUCCAUCGUUUCUUGUAAACUGAGCUUUUGAGACAAUUAGAAUAUAUAACUAAGAAAUAAUGUUCUGCUAAUACUACCACAACAAUUUAAUAUUGUUGCCUAAUAUUCUAUAAAGAAAUAUUGCAGAGGGAAAUGUCCGUUCGCGAUCGAACGAAGAAAAAAUGUACGCAAACUUACGCAUGUUAACAAUUACAAAAAAAGUUUGAUAGAAAAGUAAAAUCAUCUACAAUGUAUUAUUUCGCUCAUACAUUUCGAAAGAGAAAAAUUCUUAUAUUGCUUUCCGGAUAAGAAAGUUACUAUUAGUUAUUAGCUAACGAUUACGCUCAAAUAAUUACAACUUAAUUACGACUUAAUUACAAUACGCUACACAGAUCGUACACUGUACAUUAACUGCGCUGAGAUAAAACUGAAAUUUAUUCGCUGUCUUUUUUUUUUUCACAAACACUUUCACGUGCGUGUUAAAUCAUAAUUUUACGUGAAUAAGCAAAAUGGUGUCGAUACCUUUACAUGGAAUAAAACAACAUACAAAAUAA